CGCUGGGUGUCUUCCCUGGUGGAGCUUCAGUAUUUACAACAAUAAAGCCUUUCCAACGCUGCUGUCCAUCACAGACAGACAGGGAGUCUAACCGGCGGUGGGACACCUUUCUUAUUUUUUCCCGGUACACGAUGGGUGUUGGUUCCAGUUUACACUUCUUUUGAGCAUUUUGGAGGUAUUUCCUAUAAUGUUGGCGAGUGAUAUCCGUCUGCCUUGUGCACUGCAGUGGUGCGCAGCUUCGCCUGGAGAAACACCUGUGCGCCUCUCCUCUCCACUGGCCACAACCAUGAAUGUUGAGUAGCAUACGAUCACAGGGACUACAGCUCGCCCCCUCCCUUCCCUCGAGGAUCCAUUUAUGCAGCUCCUGCUGAGAAACCUAUGAAUGCCAAUUAUAAAUGUGGAGAACAGCUUACUCCAAGGCGCGGUGUCUGUCUGCAUUUGUCUGAAACAACGAGAAAGGGAGCAGCGCAAAUACCACACAGCCAGACAUCAUGCAAGGAGAAACCGUCCCUCGUUGCAGAGCGCUGAAAUGUUAGGACUGAAGAGCAAGUGUGUCAGAUCAAAUCAGAAGACUGCUUACAUUAGGGGGGGCAAUAAGAGCUGCUUGACACUAAACUCACUAACGCCCCGUGUGUGGUUUAAGGCCCCUUUCAGUCACGAUCAACAAAAGACGUGUUAACUGAUCUUUUCAUCCGCACUUCUUUUUUUGUCUUCCGUCAGAUACAGCAGUCCAGAAACGAGCCAAGAUGGAGUGGUCACUAGAGAGUGUGAGGGAGAUGGUGGCUGGAGGGAUGCAGUCUAUAAGGGAGUGUGAGAUCUGUGCUUUUGCCAUAGCCAUGUGUGUGCUGCUGCUGUUUAUGUGGUAUUGUUACAGGGUAGGCCGGGAGCACGGCUCCAGCCCACUGCGUGGGAGGUAUCUGGCUGGGUCUAGCCGGAUUGGAGGGGUGGUGGGGGGCUUCAUGAGUUCAGACUGCCGUGGCAGGGGGAAAGGGAAGCAUGGAUUGAUGCUGGAAGAGCAGAACGGCUUCGCUUUCUGCCAGUCGUCAGAGUGCUUCCGUUGUACCAGCGCUGGAGAGAGUCUCAACCAGAGGCUCUAUCACAGCCUGCAGGAUUACGCCAAACGCUACACCUGGUCAGGUAUGGGCAGGGUGCAUAAAGGAGUCCGCGAUCAAGGCCGAUACCUUAACAGCCGACCGACUAUCCAGCGGCCAGAGGUCUUCUUCCUCCCAGAUCUACCGUCAGCCCCUUUCUUCUCCAGAGAAGUACAGAGACACGACGUGGAGCUGCUGGAGCAGAGCUUCCCCGCCCUUCUGGCAGAGUUCGAGAGCAUCUACCACCAGCCUCCAGCCCGCAGCGGCUCCUCCCUCCCACCAGGGUGGAAAGCCAACAGCACUCCUCGCGGGCAGUGGUGGACCUACUACCUGGUCAACCAAGGCACCCCUCUGGUUCUUAACGUCAGGAGGUGUCCGCGGGCCUGGAGGGUGCUGGGCCAGCUGCGCACCUUCAUCGCCAACAAUGUGUUUGGAAACGCCUGCUUCUCUGUGCUGACGCCUGGAGCACUGAUCACUGAGCAUUACGGUCCAACAAAUGUCAGGCUGCGCUGCCACCUGGGUCUCAGAGUGCCCCCUUCCUGUGAGCUUGUAGUUGGUGGAGAGCCACAGUGCUGGUCUGAGGGCAGCUGUCUGCUUUUUGAUGACUCCUUCCUCCACAGGGCCUUCCACGAGGGCGGUGCAGAGGAUGGCCCCAGGGUGGUCUUCAUGGUGGACCUCUGGCACCCCAACGUGGCCGCUGCCGAGAGACAAGCCUUGGACUACAUUUUUACGCCAGGCCGCUUAGAGGACAAGGAAGGGAAAUAGGUGUGAGUGAGAAACCAGGGUUGACAAAGAGACAGAUGGCAUUUAGGGAAGUCUCUGUAGGAUUGGGGAGCAACUCUUUUUCUGCCUCCAGACCAGCUCUCACAUUCACUGUGUACAUAUUCUCAAUCUCAUACAGUAUCUCUUCAUAACUCUUCUUAGCAGAUGACAAAACAUUGGGCCUCUUUUAUCAAUCAUGUACAUGUUUUUGCCUGUAUAGUUGUGUAAAAGACAGCCACACUUGAAAGGACAUACAUUUUUCAAAACUUAGUAGGUGCCCAAAUGUUCAUGCAGCCAUUUUAUUUAAUGUGUAUUAAUACCAUGGCACGGACAUUUUAAUGUUAUUUUAAAUCGUUGAAUGUUUAAUGAAUUUGCAUAUAUAUUUGCAUAAUUUUUGCCCAACAAGCACUUCACACUAAAUCUAUUUCCCUCUUAAAUUUGGGAGCAAAAAUCUGGAGCAAAAUAAAUUCUAUCUAGGACUCUAUGUACAGCUCAUCUGUUAUAUUUCGGUUGUUUCUUGAAACCAUUCAACAGUCUGCUGACAGAGAACAAAGUCCAUCAGAGAUUAGCGAGCCAAACAAAAAUCUCUUGCUGUUAUUUUUCACGGCAUGUGUGGGUGCAUAGGCCAAACUAUUCUUUUAGCUAUAUAUGAGCCGGAGUGAGUGAGCAUUUAUGGGCCCCGAACUCUUCCCCAAUAUAACAACACUUACAAAACAUUUUGUGUAAAGUGCUGGUGGUAUUAAAUUUACACUUCAAAUCUAACACAUAUCACUAAUUCUUUUACACUCACUGUAACACGUGCAUACAUUUCCACAAGGGCUAAGGAAUUUGAUCUUUCGAAUUUUUAGAUCACUCAACAUAUCCAGUCACACUGAAGAUUGAAAUUUUGAUUCAAACCAAGACACGGUUGUAAGUGGGUUUGCACAUUCUUCAUGACCCACUUUCAAAUGUGGCACAAACUAUUGAACAUUUAAAUUUUUAGGAAUGAGUAGGAAAACUCUUUUUUGAAGAAUGGUUUGAUUGUAGUGCUUAUUUAAAUCAAAUCACUGCUAAAGUAAAGCUUAAGCUAAGGGAGCAUUGCUACAGUGCUGGUUGAUUUCAGACCUACUGCUUAUAAACACAUUAAGCCAGAUAUCAAAAGUGUGUACUUGCACCGUGGCUUUAUUAAUACUGACUGAUUAAUGAUAAAUGUGCAAAUGCAGUGUCAUUCUGUAAAUCGAAUUUUAGCUAGUGUUACUGACAGGAUGGACAAUUGGGGCCUUAUGACUAAACUGGCAACUGUUAAUAGAUACCUAAAGUAAAUGCAUUGCAGAAAGUGCUUUAACAGCAUGAUAACAUAAACUAAAGAAAUGAUUAAUAUGAAAGACAUUUUCUCAUGUCAUCUAUCAUUAUCCACUGAGCAGACCCAUCCACAUGUGUUUUGAUAACUGAGGUCCAACGUUGAUCAUGACAUGAAUGUUUACAGACGCAGCUAAUGUCUGUCAUGACUCCUGCCGGUGUGGUAGUUUAUUGUGCUCCCCUUUGGAAAAAGCAAAAUAAAAAUCAAUCCUGCUUUCACGAGACAUGGUUAGAUAAGCACAUUUUUAUGUCAAAUUGUGUGCGUCGGCCUGUGCUGUAAAACUCGAGAUGAAGCGUUUUUGGUAAAUUUACUAAACUCUUGUAAUUUGGUUGUAUUUGAUAUCAGGUUUGUAUUUCUGUAAAUAGGGUUGAGGUAAAACAAAAACAAAUGGAUGGUCUGAGAUGUUUUGAAAUGAUUGUCUUCAAUGCUAUAACUAUUGUGUUGUCUUGAUUUACAGCUAAAGCGAUUGCAUCUCAUUGUCCGUUCUCACAAAGCCAGCCAUGAAAUCAUUUUGAAAGAUUCAAUUUGUAGAUUCUGUAAAAUGUUUAUGACGUACUAUCUCUGUUGUUCUGUGACGUAUUUCUUUUUAAUCACUCUGUAGUUUUGCAGCGCCAUACGGUAUCCGUUAUUAAAGCCACAUUCCUUAAUUCUUCAACAGCACUUCAUGGACAUGUGCGCAGUCUAAAAGGUAGUGAAAAUUAAUCUUCAGCAGCUUUACAGGUCCAUCGCAAUUCAAGAUUUAUUCAAUUCUAAUGUUUACAAACAUUGUUAUUAACAAGCUGUUUACAACAUCGGACUUCACUGACACUCACAUUGAGCUGUCCAAAAUUAGGUUCAAAAUCUCCACUGUUAAUUCACUUAAGAGUAUGAAAACUGUCAUUCCCAAAGCAUUUGCUUUAGAUAUACACACAGUAUACGGUGAGGCAACCUUUUUGUUUACAUUUGGAUUAAGGAUUUGUCCUUUAACACCUUCUUGUGGAUUUUGAACAGUAUUUCUGUACAUUUAAUAAAUGGUCGAGUAUCUUAUUUAA